CCCACCCACCAGCGUCUGUCUGCUCGGGUUAGAAACUCUGUAUCCCCCUCCCGUGUUGUUUAAAGACCAGCAGCGCCAACAGGAACUCUCAGCUUCGUUUCUCUGGAUUAUGGAAUCGUCGUCCAAACGCAGCUCUCUUGGAAAUCUCUACGCUCUUUCAAGCUUGGAGAACAUACCGCUGAGUCCUGUCAACAUUAAGCCAAGGCCAGGGUCUCGUCACGUGCCUGUCCGUGGGUCUAGAAACCGUGAUGAAGCUGAGGCAUUGAGUACUGCUGCCAACAGCAAAGCUAUAGUUUCUGCUUUAAAAAAUCUUCAGGAGAAGAUUCGUUCUUUGGAGGUGGAGCGGGCAGAGGCUGAGCAGAAAUUGCAAAGUCUGGGAUUUGAAGCUGUUCGGUACCAAAAUACCAUGGAGCAAGAAAGGAAAGAUGUCAGCAAGGAGACUGGAAAAUCUAACGAACUUGCUGUACAGCUGACGACUGUUGAAGGCCGCUGUUUACUGCUGGAGAAACAAUUAGAUUACAUGAGGACUAUGGUGGAACAUGCAGAAACUGAGAAGAACAGUUUAUUGGAAAAACAGGACUCGCUGCAGAUGGAUCGGAACUGGGACCUUGCUGAACUCCAAGCAAAGCUUGAGAAACUGGACAUCCUCGAACAAGAGUGUUUAAAAGUCAACGCAACACAAACCAGGGCUGAAAGUAAAAUCAAUGACCUCGAACAGAAACUUCAGGAAGAAGAACAUCAGCGUAAACUCAUCCAAGACAAAGCGGCUCAGCUGCAAACUGGACUUGAAAUAAACAGAAUACUUCUGAGAUCCACUUCUACUAAAAAGAAAACUAAAGUGAAGAAAAGGAAAGGUGGUGUGAAGAAGGAGAUGCCGAGAGAAAACUCUCGGUCGCCUCGUCUGUGGCCAGGACAAGCCGAAUUUCCAUUCGUUGCUGGCAGAUCCAUUAGUUCCAGCCACUCCGUCACAGCCAAUGUACAGAACGUGCUCCAUCUGAUGAAACACUACGACGGGAGGCCGAGGCUGCACGAUCAGAGGGCUGCGAAGAAUUCGAGGCAGCUGACCUGCAGCAACGGUGUGAAGUUUGGAUCCCUCUCUCCCCCGCACUCCCCGCUGACUGAGGGGCUCGCCGAGAUCCUCGUGGCGUUGCAGGAUGAGCUGGGUCAAAUGAGCUUUGAGCACCAGGACCUGCUGGAACAGAUACAAGGUACCAAAGACAUCGAUGUCCGUGAAGAUUUGGAACGUGAGCUGGACUGUCUGGUGAAAAGGAUGGAGAAGAAAGGCGACCAGAUUUCAAAACUCAAAAAUCACCAGGACCAUGUGGAGCGGCUGAACCUGAAAACCAAGAAGGUGCGAAAGCGGACCGCUGACGCAAAGAAGCAGUCAAAAGCUGAGGACGGAAUGAAAGGGGCUCCUCCCAAAGCUGCCGAACCCUCGCGGAAAACGUCCGCUGGGCUGGGGAAGAAAGGACAAGAAAGCCUUCAGCUGCUUAGGAAUGCGCAGAAGUUGCAGACGACCCUGCGGAGAAGCGACAUUGUAUGGGACCAGUGACGGCAGCAGCUGUCUGCUCAGUUGCUGUGGAUCGUUGGUGUGGGGGAGACCUGUAAAUCUGUGCGUUGGUUGCAUUGUUCAUUUUUCAGCAGAUCUUUGCUGCACUGAAACUUUCCUUCAAAUACCUACCCCCGUUGCAUUUGUCUAUUUGACGUUUUUAUGCUUUUAUGAAAUUUUUGUUUUUAAUCGACAAUUAAAAUUGCUUUUUAUUCCAACAAUGUUGGUGUUCGGUUGCAGAAUGUUUUCUACAUGUGUAACUUGUGUAUCCACACCAAUAAAAGCGCUCUAUGGAG